CCAGACAUGCGACAAUGGCCGAAACCGAGUGGAUGCGGUGGACACACCCUGGACACUCUGCACUCGACCAGUUUGGCAUGGGGAUGGGUCGAGUGUGUGGCUUGGGGGGCAAACAUUUAUUUAGUCAUAAAGCUGAUGCGUAAUCUCAACAAGCCAGGCGAGUUCGAGUGGGUCAGCUGGAGUUUGUCAGUUGGCACGUUCGAGUUUGUUUGGUUGCUUCGACUAUACACAAAAUUUCUCUGCCUAAAAACGAGCUCCACCCAGCUCUAGAUACGGACGAAAAUGUCUUAUUUGACCGCGGAGACCCAGCAGAGGCACUUCAUCACACGCAGCAGCUAUGAGGGUGCCUGGGACAAGCUGGUGAAUGUGAUGGACGGAUUCGGUAGCUAUCGCUAUCCGGAUGGGAGCGAGUACCGCGGCCGGUUCCACCAGGGUCAGUUCCACGGCUAUGGGCACUUGCGGCUGGCCCAACCGUACCGCUUUACGGUCAAGGGUGAGUUCGAGCAUGGUCGUCUGGUGACGGUGGAGGACAUGUGGUUCUCCGACGGCCUGCAUGUCGAGGGCCGGUUCGCCGGUUCGAAGCUGGAGUGCGAUGAUUGGGACUACCUGACGCCCAGCGAUCGGCGCUAUCAUUCCGAGCGUCGUUAUGGCCAACAGCCGGUGGGACCCACCGCUUUCAUAACGGCCAAAAUGCUGCCGCGCGAUAUUCCGCCGCAUUGCUAUGAUGUGGAGGAGGGCCUGUUCAACAGUAAGACCUGCUGGUUGACGGACCGCCCGGGUCCCUUCCGCGGUACCAUGUAUGUGGGCUGCAAGCGGGAUAAGGACUGGAUCAAGCGGCAUUGCCGGAAGGCUCGCACCGCACAUCUAAGUGAGCCGGCGUCGAGCUUUUGCCGACACAUUAUAGCAAACAAUUUGGCCACGGAGCGCACGCAGAUGCGCCGCACUGCCAUCUAUGCGCCCAAUGGGGAGGUGCAUCGGGAGCGGUACUAUCAUAAACUGACCAAGCAGCGGGGUCAUCCGGAGGAGCCACUGCAGACCGCUCCACUGCGUUCAGUGCGCAAUGACGAUCCCGCCUACGAAACGGAGAUGUGUGUGCGUGCCUACGCCAGGAUGCUGGACAAACGGCAGCGGGAUCAGCAGGAGUACCAGAAGCUCCAUCCCUGCGCCAAAAUGGAGAAGAUUACGGGACCCCGCGAAUGGACGAGUACCUCGGAUGUGCGCAAUCCGGAAUCGGGAGGUGCCUCCAGUUGCCAGUCGGAGAGUUUCGGGGAGCAAUCACUGCCCAUUAACGUUACGGAUGCCUAUCGAUCGGCCCACACCAUGAUGCAGAAGCGACCGGCGGACAACAUCAACGUGGUGCAGUCCAAUCUGAUACGCCACAAUAGUUACAUGGACAUGACGCGUUCCAUAUUUGAAUUGUAGAUCCCUUAGAUCAAUGUGUUUUAAUGUACGUCGUUUCCAAUUAAAAAUUUUAGUUGUUGCUCUGUAGUAAUUAUAGCCACGAGCUCAGAAGUAAACCCAAUAAAUAUGAAUGAAUUAACUUG